AUCUUUGCUCUGCUCAAUCUCCAAGUUCCAUUUGUUUCGGAAGUAUCCUAUAUCUGCCCUACCUACCCGAACUUUCGCCAGCUGUGGAGGACCCGCCCAUCGAAGCUGCAUGCAUCCCGGCACGUAGACAGUCAACACCACAGUGACCUCUCGUCAUAUCGUUUAGAUUAUAUUUCGUCCACCUUAUCUAGGAGUACUCCAGUCAACCUGAAAACCGUUACUAUUGUUGACAUCAUUUGA